UAUGUUUACAGGUACAAUCCCUUCAACCAUAGGUUGUUUGACCAAUUUAAUCCUUCUAGAUCUUUCCUACGAUCAAAUAGGCGGAUUUAUUCCAUCUGAAAUAGGGAAUAUGAAGAGCUUGAAGUUGUUGUAUUUAGACAACAACAUGAUCAUUGGUCAACUUCCAUCCACCAUUGGAAAUUUAAGUAAUCUAUCUUAUCUCUCGGUGAAUCGUAACAAGCUUAAUGGCCCACUCCCUUCGACCUUUUGGUAUUUAACUACGUUAACUUGGUUAGAUCUUUCCUACAACUAUUUUAAUGGUUCAAUUUUUCCACAAAUCCAGAAUUUAAAAGGCUUGGAUAUUCUUCAACUACAACACAAUGCAUUCACUGGCCCAAUCCUUUUCUCUCUUGUCCAUCUUACAAAUUUAUUNGGCUCUUUUCUUCCUAUCUUUUCUCCAACUUCUUGUUUGAUUCAAUUUUUACAUAUUCAAAUGCAUCGACAUUGUUCCCGCUUCAACAAGAAGCCGAUGCUCUACUUCAAACUGGGUCUUUAUCUCAUUAAUUCUGGUCUCCAAGGGGGAAUUCCUCCUCAAAUAUCUCAACUCUCUAAACUCACCUAUUUGUCUUUAUCUUCUAAUAAUCUUAGUGGUAAGCUUCCUUUGGAAUUAGGAAAUUUGACAAAUUUAUUAGAGCUUCAUCUUAGUAACAAUAUGUUCACAGGUACAAUCCCUUCAACCAUAGGUUGUUUGACCAAUUUAAUCCUUCUAGAUCUUUCCGACAAUCAAAUAGGCGGAUUUAUUCCAUCUGAAAUAGGGAACAUGAAGAGCUUGAAAAUGUUGAUUUUAUACAAUAACGUACUCAUUGGUUUAAUUCCAUCCACCAUUGGAAAUUUAAGUAGUCUAUCUUAUCUCAUGAUGAAUCGUAACAAGCUUAAUGGCCCAAUCCUUUUCUCUCUUGUUCAUCUUCCAAAUUUGAAGGUCAUAGAUCUAUCAUCAAAUAGAUUCAAUGGAUCCCUCCCUUUGCAGAUAGGACAUUUAGAAAAUUUGAAUAUUUUGAAUUUAUGGAAUUACACUGANGGAAUUACAUUGGAGAUUGACUUUAGUCAUAACUUCAUUGAUGGUGAACUUCCCCAUUUGUCACUUGAUCAUAUUAGACCUACAAGCAUCGACUUUAGCUACAAUAAUUUCAUGGGCAAAAUUUCAGAUUCCUUCCUUUUCUUUAGAAAUAUCAACUUAUCGUACAACAAGCUUGAAGGCAAGGUUUCUGACCAAAUUCUGCAUCGUUUUGAUUUCUCUGUUUUUCCUGCUUUGCACUUGUUCAUUCCCGAUCAAAGAAGAGGGUCACCCAUGAGACAAAGUCAAAUAAGCAUGGAAAUGUGUUCUGCAUAUGGGAUUAUGAUGGCAAGAUUGCGUAUGACGAUAUUAUAG